CACCUUGUUUCUGUCACGUGACGGGAGCUUAGGAAGAUGGUGGAAGUUUCUUGUUCUUCGGAGUGAGACACCCCAAAUACAAACUAAAUAUCUCUUCGGAAUAGGUUGGGAAGACGUUUCAGUGCCGCCAAAACACAUUCCACAACCCCCCAUUUUGGUCUCGGCUCUCUCCCCAGCCCUAUGUCAUGGCCAGUGGAGUCAGCAAGUCCAGCACCUCCAAUGGGUACCCCAUAAAGGCACAGCUUCAGGUCACUGUGCUAUCAGCGAAACUGAGAGAAAACAAGAAGAACUGGUUUGGCCCCAGUCCUUAUGUGGAAGUGACAGUCGACGGCCAGUCCAAGAAAACAGAAAAAUGCAACAACACUCACACCCCCAAAUGGAAGCAGCCAUUCACUGUGGUUGCCACUCCCUUCAGCAAGCUAGUGUUUCGUGUUUGGAGCCACCAGACCUUGAAGUCAGACUUGUUUUUAGGCCAGGCCAAGCUGGACCUCAGUGAAACACUAAAGGCCAACGACAUGAAAAUUUCUGAGUUGAUACAGACUCUCCAGCUGUACAGUGACAGAGAGCAAACAGAUGUGGUGGGAGACCUGUCUGUCCUUCUGGACGGCAUGACGGUGGACCCUGAAGUGUUUGCCUCAGCAGAGGCAGACCAUUGCAGUACAUCUAAUGGAGAAUCAUCACAGCAGAAUGGGGAUCACACUUUGAGGCCAAGUCGAGACAGCUCUCCAGCUUUGGACAGUGUGGAGCACAGAUCCUCUCCAAGCACUCAAAGGACAGUUAACAGCAAAGGUUCCCCAUCGUUGAGCGGGAAGCCGGUUCGACCACCUAGACCGUCUAGGCCUCCUCCCCCAACUCCCCGCAGGCCAACUGUUUCACCAGCAUCUUCUAGCAACGGCUCCGCUCCCACAGAGGCUAGUGAGGGCCAUUCGGCCCCUGAUACACCAGUGCGGACCUCAGGACCCACAUCUGCUCCAGACUACAGUCCAUCAACGUCCUCUAACAGGAGCUCCACAUCAGGAGCUGCAGCAACCAGGCCGCCGACCAGCAACACCACACCCUCCCUCCCUCCCAGAGUACCCUCCGUCAACCAUGGACCAUUACCUCCUGGAUGGGAGCAGAGGGUGGACCAGAAUGGUCGGGUGUAUUAUGUGGAUCAUGUGCUAAAGAGAACAUCAUGGGAACGUCCGGAACCGCUUCCUCCAGGAUGGGAGCGUCGUUUGGACCAGAUGGGCCGUCCCUACUAUGUUGAUCACAUGACACGAACCACCACAUGGCAGCGCCCCACAAUGGAGACUGUCCGUAACUAUGAACAGUGGCAGCACCAGCAAAACCAUCUGCAGGGCGCCAUGCAGCAGUUCAACCAGAGGUUUAUAUACGGGGCCCAAGAUCAGGCAUCAGCUCCUCAGAAUAAGGAGUUCGAUCCUCUUGGCCCGCUGCCUCAUGGAUGGGAAAAGAGGACGGACUCAAACAAUAGAGUUUACUUUGUACAUCACCCAACACGCUCAACACAGUGGGAGGACCCACGGACACAGGGAUUACUGAAUGAGAAGCCGCUCCCAGAAGGCUGGGAGAUGAGGUUCACUGUGGACGGUAUUCCUUAUUUUGUAGACCACAACAAGAGAACCACCACCUACAUCGACCCUCGCUCAGGAAAAUCCUCACUUGAAAAUGGACCACAGAUCCAAUAUGUCCGAGACUUCAAGGCUAAAGUUCAGUACUUUAAAUUUUGGUGCCAGCAAUUGGCGUUACCCCAGCACGUCAAGAUCACAGUAACAAGGAAGAACCUGUUUGAUGACUCUUUCCAGCAGAUCAUGAGCAUCAAUCCUCAGGAUCUGAGGAGAAGGCUGUGGAUCAUCUUUCCAGGAGAAGAAGGUCUUGAUUAUGGAGGAGUUUCCAGGGAGUGGUUCUUCCUGUUGUCCCAUGAGGUUUUGAACCCCAUGUACUGCCUGUUUGAAUAUGCUGGCAAUGAUAACUACUGUCUUCAGAUCAACCCUGCUUCCUCCAUCAACCCUGACCACCUCAAGUACUUCAGGUUCAUUGGACGGCUUGUUGCAAUGGCUCUUUUCCACGGCAAGUUUAUCGACACUGGUUUCUCCCUGCCAUUUUACAAACGCAUGCUCAACAAACCUUUGACUGUCAACGAUCUGGAGUCCAUUGAUCCUGAGUUUUACAACUCCCUCAUGUGGAUCAAGGAUAAUAACAUCGAGGACUGUGGUUUAGAGAUGUUCUUCUCAGUUGAUAAGGAGAUCCUUGGAGAAAUCUCCACCCAUGAGCUGAAACCAGGCGGAGGAGACAUCCCCGUCACAGAGGAAAACAAGGAGGAGUACAUCAAGUUGGUAGCAGAGUGGCGACUGUUUCGAGGAGUAGAAGACCAGAUGCAGGCGUUCUUUGAAGGCUUUAAUGAGAUCCUUCCUCAGCAGUACCUGCAGUAUUUUGAUGCUAAAGAGUUAGAGGUGAUGCUGUGUGGAAUGCAAGAGAUUGAUCUUGGAGACUGGCAGAGAAACACCAUCUACAGACACUACACUAAGACCAGUAAACAGAUAGUCUGGUUCUGGCAGUUCAUGAAGGAGCUUGACAAUGAGAAGCGGAUGAGGCUGCUGCAGUUUGUCACCGGCACUUGUCGUCUGCCUGGAGGAGGCUUCGCUGACCUUAUGGGAAGCAACGGUCCUCAGAAGUUCUGCAUUGAGAAGGUGGGAAAGGAAAACUGGCUUCCCAGGAGUCACACAUGCUUUAACAGAUUGGACUUACCGCCCUACAAGAGCUACGAACAACUGAAAGAGAAGUUAAUGUUCGCCAUCGAGGAGACGGAAGGAUUUGGACAGGAGUGAAAGGACGAUGCGUUAAGGUGCACAGCGGAAAAAGGCGUUAGUGUUUAAAUCAGGGAGUGUUUGUGUUUGGGAGUGUUUAUGCUCAUCGGUGCAUGCUCCGUUUGAGUGUCUUUAAUAGGAGAAUUGUCGAGAUCGCUGCCAGCAUGUACAGUAGUGUGAUUGAUACUCAUUGCUCCCAGAGCUCACAACAGGCUCCCCAUCGCCUCAUGACUCGGAGCAGAGUUUCAAAUACCUUGAAAACCAAGAUCUAAGUCUUCACUAAUCUCUGAGAAUGUGAGUUAAAUCGUGGAAACCUGGCUUUAAAUGAUAUGAGUUCUACAGAACAGCAGCGUUUUCACCUCCUAAACAUGUCGUCAGCCUGAGGUUAAAGUCUUAUGGCCACAUUUAAAAGGUCUCUUUGUUUUCAGCACAGAUAAGUUCCUCCAAAAGAGAAAAAUAACUCUGUUUGGUUUGAUAAAGACUUGCUUUUUUAUUUGUGACUAAGCUGAUAAUUAAGAUGAAUCUUCCUCUAUCAUUUAACAUUAACAUGCCUUCUAAAAGCUCAUCUGAAUUAAUUCUGAGGUAACAAACAGUCUUGGUGCUUCAGAGAUUCCUGCUUGUUCUGUGCUCUGGAUCGUAUCACGCUGAAGUCUGUGAACCGAUAAAUGAUUGUGAACAGUGUUGGAAUCUCCAUUAUAUUUAGGGGUGGUGGCAAAUGUUAAAAACCAAUGAUCUGACCCUAGUUUUAUAGGGCCGGACUGCACACUGUGAUGUGUAACAGGACAGUAUGGAUUAGAGUAUUCUAGCAGAAUCUUAAUGACCCUAUCAGCAGCUUUAAUCACUCUAUUAAAUGUAGAGAAACAGUCUUAAUUAAAUCAACAAAUUGCUUUAAAAUCCCAGGAAAAACUAGAAACAGACCAAUUUUACUCCAAGCCAAAUAUAUUGUUUAUACUUAGAGCCAUUUUUAACUCAUUCUUAACCAACCUGAUUUUCUCUUUAAACACAUGUAGCAUUUGAUUUAUAUACAACUGUUUUCUAGCCUUACUUUAACUAAUCCAUACCUUACAGCAGACUUCAAAAUACAGUUUUAAUGUAAGCAAUAAUUG